AUGAGGAAUGCAAACAUCACCGUUAGUCCCAGCACUCUGAUAGCAGAGGUAAAGGAACUCUACGAAUUCAUACAGGCUAUCCUGAUGUUCACAAAAAGAGAUUCCUGGUGUUCACAAGUGAGAAGUCUGGGGCAAUAUAAUAAAGAUGAGUUUCUUAAGGUGGAAUGUCAGCUUAUCUACCUGGAACCUGAGGUCUUUGAUGUGUGCUUGUUGCUGCAAACUUACACAAUAUCCAGAGCCCUUGAUGUCCUGCAGAUGAAGGAGGAGAAUCUCCUCAAAUUCCUCGCUGCAGGCACCCACUUGGGUGUCACCAACCUCGACUUUCAGAUGGAGCAGUACAUCUACAAAAGGAAAAGCGACGGCAUCUAUAUCAUCAAUCUGAAGAGGACCUGGGAGAAGCUGUUGCUUGCAGCCCGGGCUAUUGUUGCCAUUGAGAACCCUGCUGAUGUCAGCGUCAUCUCCUCCAGGAGCACUGUGCAGCGAGUGGUGCUGAAGUUUGCUGCCGCCACCGGAGCCACUCCGAUUGCUGGCCGGUUCACCUCACGGACCUUCACUAACCAGAUCCAGGCAGCCUUCAGGGAGCCACGGCUUCUGGUGGUGACUGAUCCCAGGGCUGACCACCAGCCCCUCACAGAGGCGUCUUACGUGAACCUGCUCACCAUUGCCCUGUGUAACACAGACUCACCUCUGUGCUACGUGGACAUUGCCAUCCCCCGCAACAACAAGGGAGCUCACUCAGUGGGCCUGAUGUGGUGGAUGCUGGCCUGGGAAGUACUCCGUAAGCAUGGCACUAUCUCCCGGGAGCACUCAUGGGAGGUUAUGCCUGAUCUCUACUUCUACAGAGACCCAGAGAAGAUUGAGAAGGAAGAUCAGGCUGCUGCUGAGAAGGCCGUGACCAAGGAGGAAUUUCAGGGCAAAUGGACUGCACCAGCUCCUGAGUUCACUGUUGCUCAGCCAGAGGUGGCUGACCGGUCUGAGGGUGUGCAGGUGCCCUCGGUGCCCAUCCAGCAGUUCCCUACUGAAGACUGGAGUGCCCAGCCAGCCACUGAGGAUUGGUCAGCAGCUCCCACAGUGCAGGCCACCGAGUGGGCUGGAGCCACCACUGAGUGA